AUGUCAGCUGAAACAUAUCGUGUGUGUCUCUACUUUAUUCGUCAUGCUCAAUCCGAAGGCAAUGCUGUUCCCAAUAUUAUACGUGGUCGAGAUGUGUCCUCUCAAUUGACACCAUUGGGAUUCGAACAAGCAACACUAUUAGGUAAACGAUUUAAGUUUCAAAACGUUAAAUUCAACUACAUGUUAUGUUCAUCAGCUGUUCGUACGAUCCAAACGGCGCAUACUGUAUUGGCAGUUCUUAAUUUAAACAAAUCGAAAUUAAUCGUAACUCCUGAACUCUUAGAACAAUCUCAGGGCCAAUGGGAAGGCUUGGAUCGUAAAUCACCUCAUAUACAAGAAGCAAUUGAAAAAAUGAAAAGACAAAAUGCUGUUUUUUGUGCUCCAGAAGGUGAAUCAUUAGAUAUGGUUCAAAAACGAGCUAUAGCUGCUUUAGAACCAUAUGUCGAACAGGCAAAACAAGAAAGUAUAGUUAAGAAUCGAAAAAUCACCAUUGUCAUAUUUGCUCAUGGUGGCGUAAUACAAAGUCUACUGCAAUAUUAUCUGCAAAGUAAUAUGCGUGAUGCCUGGCUGAUUCGGCAACAUAAUACUGCCAUUAAUGAAAUUAUCUUAAAUGAAAAUGGCGUCUCCUUAGUAAAAGUGAAUGAUUAUGGUCAUUUAACAUUUUUAAUUUCAGAAGAGGCAUUACAUAGAGAUGACAACGAUAAACAGAACAAUCGCAUCUCUAAAGAUUGA